AUGGUCCAGUCUACUGUUCAGUUUGGUGGACUCCCUACUGAGGAUCCCAAUACACACAUAGCCAAUUUCCUGGAGCUAUGUGGAACUUUUAAAUAUAAUGGGGUCACCGACGAUGCUAUUAGACUGAGAUUGUUCUCGUUCUCACUGCGGGAUAGAGCUAAAAGUUGGUUGAACUCUCUUCAAGCCAACUCAAUCAAUACAUGGGAGGCAUUAGCUCUGAAAUUUCUUGGUAAAUUUUUCCCUCCAUCCAAGGCUGCAAAGUUAAGAGGGGAAAUUAAUAACUUCUCUCAAUUUGAUGGAGAGUCUCUUUAUGAUGCAUGGGAGAGGUUUAAGGAGCUUUUAAGGAAGUGUCCUCAUCAUGGGGUUGAAAAAUGGAUGCUAGUCCAUAAUUUUUACAACGGUUUGUGUGGGAUGACUCACACCAUUAUUGAUGAUGCAGCAGGUGGUGCUUUCAUGAGCAAGAGUGCUAAAAAGGCUUAUGAAUUGCUUGAGAAAAUGGCCAUGAAUAACUACCAGUGGCCUAGUGAACGAGAUAGAAAUGAGAAGGUAGCUGGUAUGCAUGAGCUGGAUGAUAUUACCGCUAUCACUGCUCAAGUUGCAUCAUUGACCAAGCAACUACAAAAAAAUUCUAUGGCCACUCAAGUCAUGCAAAUCCAAGCGGUGUGUCAUAAUUGUGGCGGUCCUCACCUAUUUGAGCAGUGCAUGGUAGUUGAGAUGAACAACUCCAUUCCCAUAGAACAGGUGAAUAUGAUGGGAAAUUUAAAUAGGCAAGCUAAUUAUCCAUUCUCCAACUCGUUCAAUCAAGGGUGGAGAAAUCAGCCUAAUUUUGCAUGGAGAAAUAAUCAGGGUCCUCAACAAAUUCAGCAGUCUAUGCUUCAAGCUCCACUUCAGGCACCGUUACAACCAUCGGUACUGUAA